AUGGACUCGACAGUGAUACCCAUUAAUUUGACUGAAGAUCGGUAUAAUGACAGUGUCACUGCACUUGGCAAGAUAACAAGGACACGGCGGUGUGGUAUUACGUGUUUUUGGAGUCCAGAAGCGGCGGUAUACGCCAUUCCCACAUUCAUAACGGUAGCUGUUGUCUUUGGUGUAGUCUUUACACUAUGGAAAGAGCUUGGUUUUUUUGAACUCUGUAUUCUUUUCAUUCUACUCUCUACAGCCUUUAUAUCCUCCUUCUUAAUUGUAUGCACGGACCCAGGUGUGUAUCCACGGUUACGACUUGGUGAAGUGGAUCCACAUCAAAAUGAGAAGAAUCUUGUUCUCUGUCGUAUAUGUGGAGUACGCCGCCCUCCUCGUACGGCACACUGCUAUCAGUGCAAUGUGUGUGUAUUGGAACACGAUCAUCAUUGUGGUAUACUUGGUGGUUGUGUUGGACAGAGAAGUCUACGUUGGUUUGCACUCUAUCUCGUAACGGUGAGCUCAGCAUCGGGUAUGGGUAUUUACUGGCUUUCCCGUUCACUGAUUAAUGAAGUAUAUGCGGCAAGCCAGCGAAAUGGCCGUCGUACAUUUGAUCAAACUUCUUCUGAACCUGGACAACCCGCUGCUGCUGUUGGAGGAGGAGGAGGAGUUGUUGGUGUUGAUAAUAUUUCAAAAACCUCUUUAGGACGUCCUGGUAAUAAUGAAGAAGAUACUUUGAGAUCUCUGGCCAUUGUUCUUCUUUUUGUAAUGCUACUUCUUGUUAUGCUUCUUGUAGGGAGUCUUGCCGUGUUUUAUGUUUAUUUAGUGUUGACGUCAACUACACGUCGUGAAUCACAACGAUCGCAAACGAGAAGAGGAAUUUUAUUACGUCCAAAAUUGAUGUGGGAGAAUAUACUGCAUGUUGUGUAUCCUCCGCCUUCUUUACUGCUCGUCCCUGAGGAUAGCAAAAACUCUUUGGUUUAA